AUGAGAUCCCCAGGUGAAGUAGAAGAGGAGAAGGAGACCCAGAACAGAGCAGGGUGGGGCAUCCCUGGUCGAAGAACCGCUGACUGCCUACAGCAGGAGCACGUGAGCAGCCAGGGGUCCCAGCCUCUUAAUCAGAGAGUGCAGGUGGGGGUCUCUGCGGCCAUGGGAACAGCCCCCAUCCCUGGGGAAGGGGCAGCCAGGCCGGGCUCUGGGAGGGAACAUCAAGGCUUCCUCGCUGGUGCUGGAGGAGAGAACUGGGGGUCGCAGAGCCAUCCAGAGGCUGCGCAGGCCCAGAAGCGGAAGCUGUGCGAGGAAAGGGCGGGGCCAUCAGAAAGUUCCUGGAUGGGAGUUGCCACGCCCCGCCCAGCCCUGCCCCCUUCUCCUCUGGACCCCAAGCUACCAGAGCUGCCUCCCUUCCAUGGUGCGCUCCCUGGAGACCCCAGGUCAUCCCCUACGCCUUCCCCCCACACACCCCUCCCUGCCCCUCAGGGGCCUGAUUGUCCAGGGGAUGGGGCGGUUGGGGGAGGGGACGUCUCCUUCCAAAAUUGUCCAUUUCCCAGAUUAUUCAGGACCCCCUGGGGAGCAAUAACGGGGAGCCCCCGCCUCAGCCCAGCUCCGGCUCCCGAUCCCCGGAGACAGCCUCCUCCCCCCAAGGAAGGGUCAAGAAGCAGAGACGUCAUCGUCCGAGGGCCUUCGGGGAGACCACUGCGCCCAGGGCCUGUGACUGUGACCUUUAACCGGCCUGAGCUCCCCGAGGGCCAUCCCCCCCAGAGCCCGGAGAAGGGGAAGAGGAGCCACGUGGCGCAGAGAUAG